AAUAUUGAUGCAAAACAGGCAAAACAGAAGGCUAGACUGGAGGAAAAGUCAUUGGAUACGGGAAGGACACCCUUCGUUAUUUAUCAGUUCCUGAUACUCGCAACAUGUGACGAUGCUGACGUCCAGGGUCAGACCGCAAAUGAGCAGUGCGCUGUCGACUUCGCCACCACCCGUAACAUAAAGUGUCUUACUCAGUGAGUGACAGAGCCACUGGUGUUUAAAUGUCACACGCGCUUUUGGUUUUCCAAAACCCUGGCUCUUAGACAUAUGAACUUAACGCGGAUGCAUGCUUUGCGCAGAGCAGGAGAUGUCGCAGUUUGCGGCUGUGCCAGAAGCGGGGCAGGAGCGCGUCCGAGAGCGUCAGCGCCUCCUGGCCGGCCUUCUGGAGGCCGUCAAGGAGUGCCAGGUGCGCUUUGGGGGUCGUGCCGAGCUGGCAACCGAGGCUGAUGGGCGAGUAGUAGAGCUGUGCUCCUGCAUGGAAGAAGCCCUAGCCCACGGUCUUCGUGCUCGUCCACUCUCUGCUUCCAAGAGCGGCUCCACUCUCAGGCAUGUUACAGACCUUGUUUCAAACAGCCUGAAUUUCAGUAGAGGAUCUCCCCAAGAAACUUCAGUGUUCUGGCACUAUGUACGUGAGCAUCUAACAAGACAUGAAUUAGAGCGAUAUCUGCUGCUGAAACAAGUAUGGACUGAUACUGGUCGAGGACGUGCAUGGCUGCGUGCAGCCCUCAAUGAACGCUCUCUGGAACGAUAUCUGCAAUGUCUUUUGGCAAAUCCUCAACAUGUAGCUAUGUUCUAUGAAGACUGGGCUUUCCUGCAAGAUCCUGAACGGAGUGCUACUUUGCCUACAAUGGCUGCAGGUUUAGGUUCCAUUUUAUUUGCUAUCAGCAUAGACAACCCUCAGCUGAAUUUGGAAGCAUGUGCAGCUCCGGAAGGUGAAGCAACUCCCUCACUCUGCCCUGAGCCCGUCAUUCCAGCCAGUAAGGGACUUGAAUCCACGGGAAAGCGUCGAAGUGAGCAGAAGCGCCGGCGUCGUGUUCAACCUCAAAUAAUAUCAUUUGGUGAUGAUGAUGACGGAUCUGCUGUGGGCAGUCCACCCAUUGGUACCCCUUCUGCCCAAGAAGCUUCUCCCUCUGGUGAUGGGUCUGAUGCAGGCAGCAUGGAUGAAGCCGUUCCCAGAGUAGUGAGUGCUGAUGGGCAAAGAACACGCCCUGGCCACCUACCUCUCAGCACCUCACCCGCCCUUGCACAUCGCUUGGAGGCUGCCCUCCGAGUAGAUGCAAGGGCAUCUGCAGGUGCGAAGGUUGGUGCCCAGACUCUUACUCCAGUGACAAAUGUCAGUGUUGGUGAACUCAUCCCUGUUACCUUGGUGUCUGAGGAAGCAUAUUCAGAGGAGGACUCCCUUUCAGUGCCGAGCUACUCAGAGGACACAGAAUGUGCUGCAGCUGCUCUACUGGCGACACAAAAAUUGUUGCAGAGUAAUUGUGUUGACUUUUCACCACAAGAGAGCAGUGCCAUUGUGCAGAACAGCCCUAUGGAUGUUGUCGGCUCCUUGAGUGGAGAGAUGCGUGAUGCAUUACUAACUGUGUUAGCUCGUAAAGAGGAGUUGCAAGCAGAAGUGAGGUCACUGCGAAGGCUGCUUGAACAAGCUGAGGAGCGCAGCACUCAUUUGCAAGCUGAAGCAGAGGCUUCCCAACGUUCUCAAGCAGAACGUAUGCAGCGAUUGGAUGCACGCACCCAGGCACUUACUCGGGAGAAUGAAUUGCUGAAGCAUCAAUUGCGUAAGUAUGUGGGUGCAGUGCAACUCUUAAAAAGAGAUGGUCAGCAAGCCCAUGAAGCCCUUGCAAGCCUUCAAGUUAUACAGCAGACACGUCCUGGAGAAAUUCUUGCACCUGAUUAUCACCACGAGGCACGUGAAUAUGAAAAAAAACUAAUUCAGGAUGCCAGAUUUGUUGAAGAACGGCGUCGACGCCUCCAGCACUAUUUACGCUGUGUAGUAAAUCACUUGGUUCAAACAAGUGCUGAACUUGCUGCCAAUCCAGAUAAAGAAGUGCUCAUAGGACUGGUGCCAUUUUUUGGAGUUCUUGUUGAAUUUGAUGUUGGUUCAAUGAAUGUUUCAUCUUCAAAACAAUAA